GGUCACAUCUAAUUUUGGAAACAACAAAAAAGCAGGAAAAAAACAAAAAAUAUUAAAAAUUAUUAGUUUGUUAAUGUAAAUCAGUUUUUGAAAUGGAAGUGGAAUACGACGACUCCGCCUGGCAGAGCCGCGCCAAGGCGCAGUCCAACACGGAGGAAAUGCACGAGGACAACCCACAGAAGACGAUCCAGGAGUGCUUGGAGAAGUUCCUGACCCCCGACUACAUCAUGGAGCCGGGCAUUUUUACACAGCUCAAGCGCUACUUCCAGUCGGGCGGUUCACCCGAGGAGGUGAUAUCCAUGCUCUCGGAGAACUACAAGGCGGUGGCCCAGAUGGCCAACCUGCUGGCCGAGUGGCUCAUUCUGGCCGGCGUCAAGGUGACCGAGGUGCAGGCCAUGGUGGAGAAUCAUUUAAAGGAGAUGAUACUCAAGUCAUUUGAUCCCAAGAAGGCCGACACCAUAUUCACCGAGGAGGGCGAGACGCCCGACUGGCUCACCGAAAUGAUUGACCAUUACACGUGGCGUUCACUGAUCUACCGGCUGGCCGAGGAAUAUCCCGACUGCCUGAUGCUCAACUUUACCAUCAAGCUGAUCUCGGAUGCGGGCUUCCAGAGCGAGAUCACCUCCAUUUCGACGGCGGCCCAGCAGAUAGAGGUUUUCUCGCGCGUCCUCAAGACCUCCAUUGUGAAGUUUCUCAACAAUCCGGACGAUGUGCAUGGGGCCAUCCAGGAAUGCGCCCGCAUGGUGUGUCAUGGCCAGCACACGUAUGUCUACUCUCAGGUUUUGAUCCAGGUGCUCAGCCAGGAGCAAAAGGGUGGCUUCAACAUGAAGCGUCUCUCCCAGGAGAUUAUCAAAUAUGCCUUACAAAACAACCAGAAUGUCACACCCAUAACGAUGGCCUUGAAUGGCUCGGCAGUCUAUCCGCAGGCCUGCCAGGCUCUAACUUCCAUGCUCACACGCAACACACUCAAUCCCGCCGACAUUACCGUGCUGUUUCGCAAUUACUCCGGCUCCGAUCCGCCGCCCAUCGAUUUGAUACGGAAUCCACAGUUCCUGGAGCUUCUAGUGGACGCUUUAUUCCGUUCCGGCGUCAAGAUCAAUCCCGAGCAUAAGCCAAAGUACAUGUUUUUGCUCGCCUACGCAUCGGCUGUGAUUGAUCAGCCGGCCAAGAAGCGGCCCAUGACGGAGCGAACCCUCAACAAGGAGGAGCUGAAGAGCACAAUUCAGGCCAUCGAGAAGGCGCAUGCCAUCUGUAACGUUGACCAGGGCUCCACGGAGCUGAUAGCAGAGCUGCAGACGCUCUACAACUGCAUCAAAUAUCCCGUGGUGGGCGUUGGCGUCAUUCGAUGGAUCGAAAAUGUGGUCAUGGAACCGUCCUAUUUCAAGCUCUCCACCGACAGCUGUCCCACCCAUCUGGCCGUUCUGGAUGAGGUGGCCGCCGUGCAUCCCACUCUGCAGCAGCAGAUCCUAUUCCUGCUCAUCCGCCUGUUCGAAUCCAAGCAGGAUGAGCUGGAAAUUCUUGUCCAGCUGGAGAUGAAAAAGAUGAUAUUGGACCGAAUGGUUAAUUUGCUAACCCGCGGCUGUGUUGUUCCCGUCCUGCGGUACAUCAAGCAGUGUUGUGCCAUCGAGGACACCGACAUCUCCCUCAUCCGGUACUUUGUCACUGAGGUCCUGGAGACCAUUACCCAUCCCUAUUCGCCGGAAUUCGUGCAGCUCUUCCUGCCGAUGGUGGAGAAUGAGGAGAUCACGGGCACGAUGCGGGGCGAGGGUGACAACGAUCCCGUGGGCGAGUUUAUAGUUCACUGUAAGGCGCACUACACCACCGUGUAGACAGUGGAUAGUCUGCAUCUUUAUAAUUUAAUUGUAAGCUCUAAAGUUUGUAAUAUUGAUUAAAACUAAAGUCCAUUUACAA